CAAAGCACUUCACCAAUUACAGUUUCCUCUUUUCCUCCGAGUCCUCUAAUUUUUCCUAAUUCACACCCAGGCACCCACCAACGUAUUCCACACGCGUAUUCUUCCCCCAAAACCAAUUGACACAAAUCCAAUUCAACACAAAAAUCUUGACGAUGAAAUCCAACAACAAACCCCUCCUCUCAUCGAUCGCUCCCCGCUUUUCCAUCUCCCUCAAUUUCUAGGGUUUCCGAACUAUCAAAAACCCUCAUCGAUCUCCCAAACCUCAAUCCGAUUCCUUGUUAGGUAUCACGUAAUUAAUUACGCAUAUACUCGUAUUAUUAUAUAUAUCUAUGUGAGCGAAGAUGUACAGUAAUUUCAAAGAGCAAGCGAUCGAGUACGUGAAGCAGGCGGUGCAGGAAGACAACGCGGGGAACUACGCCAAGGCCUUCCCGCUGUACAUGAACGCGCUCGAGUACUUCAAGACCCACCUCAAGUACGAGAAGAACCCCAAGAUCAAGGAGGCCAUCACGCAGAAGUUCACCGAGUACCUGCGCCGGGCGGAGGAGAUCAGGGCGGUGCUGGACGACGGUGGGGCCGGCCCGGGGCCCAACGGCGGGGACGCGGCGGUGGCCACGCGGCCGAAGACCAAGGGGAAGGACGGCGGCGGGGAGGGAGGAGGAGGGGACGGGGAGGAUCCGGAGCAGUCGAAGCUGAGGUCGGGGCUGAACUCGGCGAUUGUUAGGGAGAAGCCGAAUGUGAAGUGGAACGACGUGGCGGGGCUGGAGAGUGCUAAGCAGGCGCUGCAGGAGGCGGUUAUAUUGCCGGUUAAAUUCCCACAGUUUUUUGUUGGCAAGAGGAGGCCAUGGCGGGCUUUUCUUCUCUAUGGUCCACCUGGAACAGGGAAAUCAUACUUGGCCAAGGCUGUUGCCACUGAAGCUGACUCUACUUUUUUCAGUAUAUCUUCUUCAGACUUGGUUUCAAAGUGGAUGGGUGAAAGUGAAAAGUUAGUUUCAAAUCUUUUCCAAAUGGCUCGUGAUAGUGCACCUUCUAUCAUCUUCAUCGAUGAAAUAGAUUCCUUAUGUGGUCAGCGUGGAGAAGGCAAUGAGAGUGAAGCUUCCAGACGAAUCAAAACAGAAGUUCUAGUGCAGAUGCAGGGUGUCGGACACAAUGACGACAAAGUUCUCGUUCUAGCAGCGACAAAUACUCCCUAUGCUCUGGAUCAGGCCAUUCGGCGGCGGUUUGACAAGCGCAUAUAUAUUCCCCUUCCAGAUUUGAAGGCACGGCAGCAUAUGUUCAAAGUGCAUUUAGGUGAUACCCCUCACAAUUUGACCGAAAGUGACUUUGAAAGUCUGGCUCAUAAAACAGAAGGUUUUUCUGGUUCAGAUAUUGCUGUGUGUGUUAAGGAUGUCCUCUUUGAACCUGUCCGAAAAACCCAAGAUGCCAUGUAUUUCGUAAAGACUUCUGAUGAUCUGUUGAUGCCAUGUGGACCAAAGCAACCUGGCGCUGUGCAGACAACUAUGCAGGACCUUGAUGCAAGAGGACUUGCUUCAAAGAUACUUCCGCCUCCCAUAACGAAAGCGGAUUUUGACAAGGUCCUGGCAAGACAGAGGCCGACUGUGAGCAAAGCUGACCUCGACGUGCAUGAGAGAUUCACGAAAGAGUUUGGAGAGGAAGGCUGAUGAAUAUAAUGGAUGUACAUUCGGUGAUUGCUUGCCUGCCUAUUUUUACGCCAUUGCUGUCAUUUGUAUUGUAUUUGUUGCAGCUGUAUUGGAUCGAGAUGUAUCGAUCUAUCAAAAGCCUCUGCAGUUGGAAAGAUGACACAAACUUGUGGCUUUUUCUUCUGUGUAUCUGUCUCAGAAUGUUGUCCAAAAAUGUUGAUUAUGAAAUGUUACUUGCCUGUUGGUCGGGCCUGUCUAUUUGAUGCUUUAACAAGCCUUUCCAA